UCGGAGGGUAGCGCGGCGCGGCAUCAGGCCGAGGCGCAGUCUUCCUCUCACUGGACAGCCGCUCAACCACGAUGGCCUGUCGAAUAACGCGCUGCUGCGGCUGCCUGGGCCUUCGCCAGGGGUCUCUGGCCAUCGCCAUCACCCUGCUUGUGCUGACCACCUUAGAGCUGAUAGGAUUCAUCGUGGUGCUGUCACUGGGCGAAGACGCGUUUCGUGACAUUGUUGAUCCUGAGCAGCGGAUGCAGGUCGUCACCGUUGUGCGCAUCGUGAGCAGUAUUGGUCUCGUGCUGUCGCUGGCGUCGCUGGCUCUGCACGUCACGCUGGUGUACGGGGUGCGCCAGGAACGACACAGAUUGAUCCUACCCUGGCUCAUAGGCAUCGGCAUCAUUCUCGGCCUGAGCUCUCUCGCUCAGGUCCUUGAUUUCAUCGACGCGGCCGUCGUCGGCGAGAAAUGGACCAUCGUCGUCGCUACUCUUCUGCUGGGCUUGUACGGCGUCGCGUGGUACUGGUUCGCCGUGGUGCUCACCCACUACCAGACACUGAAGGCGGCGCACCAACAGUUCAGCUCCCAUCGGUUGGAAACUGAAGAGAGCCCCAUGGCCUAGAAACGUGUCUUGAAUGCGGCUUGGACGCGUUUUGACUGACGAAUGAGUGAUGCGCAGCGCAGGCAUGCUACGGUGCUUACCAGUGCUCACUCAGUGCUCAUCGGCGCGCGCGUGUGUGUAGGGGGAGGGGAGGGGAGCACUGCCACCGAACGUGGCACUGCUCGGCGAAGCACUCAUCACGGACGGAGAAUAACUCGCAGCCGAGCGUGAAGUCCGAAACUCUCAGAAAACCGCGAGACUCGUCUCGGACUGGGCACGAACCGGCGGCCGGAGCGCGCACCGCUGACCGCCCGCGCGCCCGGCUCAGCAUCUGGACGACGGCGGGCAAAGUUCGCGGAGGCCCGGCGGUGGACCUUUGGGCGGACUGGCGUCAGACGGCGCGCUGGCUGCCGCGAGGCGCGCGGCGCAGAAGCGUCACACGUGUGAACCGUGCGCGGGUGUCGCGACUGAAGGGGUGAAGGUGCUUGGGAGCGGCGCGGACCCAAGCUCAGCUAUGAGGGAGAGUGACCCAGUGUUCCGAGGGAUUCGGCACUGCUUGGCCACUGGAUUACUUGGUCGCGCUGUGUAUUGAAAGAGGGAAGUAACGGCAGAUGCCACAGAUGCGUCGGUAGGCGGCAGAGUGCGGCCAUGUUUGUGCCAGUGAUCUAUAACCGUUUCCUGUUGUCUGUGGUAAGCAUUUUUAGAGGAUCUGCUAAUAAUCAUGACGCGAAUUUGUCAAAGUAAGGUUGACUUGCCCAGUCGGCAGUUGGCGAGGUCAUCAGGGAAAUAUUCACACCAAGCAUCACAUAGCUUUUUGUCAGCCUUCGAGUUCCUGGGUGUUUAUAGAAGUUCGGUGUGGGACAUGCUAAAGCACUUGGAGUAACGUGGCAUCACUCUACCAAUAAACACACCGAGAAGU